CAGGGCAACGAUUUAAGGCUAUCGAUACGUAAUAGAUACGACAAAAUUUAAUAACAUACCUCCUGCUGUUGGGUUCCUCACAUUGUCAACGUCCUUACAAUGCUGACGUGACGCACAUAAAAGCAAUGGAGCGCACAGGGUGGAGAAGCAAUUAACUUCCAGCCGUUCGAAGUCGGUCGAGUUUGUCGUUCCCAACCUACAACUGUCACUCACUCCGCCUAUAAGGUCAAUGGAGAAACGGAAAAGUUUUAAUUUCCUCUAUCUGAUCAAUCUGCCACCAGGUUGAGUUUGGAUGCGCUUGGUCACAAUUAUCCAAUUCAAACUUGGAACGAAAGUAAAAAGUUGCUCGUAGCUAAAUGUGACUUUUCUCACACUUGCUUGGAACUUUGCACCGCGCGCAGGCAAUAUAAUUUCGCUGUCACAAUAACAUCCCUAUCAAAACAUUGAACAAGCACGUUCAUUCGCUCGCAAGUAGCGCUGGCCUUUGGACCAUUGGAAGUAUCUGUUGAUCUGUGUCAAAUAACAAGAACCACCACACCAUGUCCGCUUUGGUGCAUCUAGCAAAGGAUCACAUUCAACGCAUCGCCGAGGGUGGCCAGUUUGUGAUCGUCAACGCUAUGGAUCGGUUUAUCGGAUUUUUUGCGUGGGAUGUGAAACUAAACGCAACCUGGCUGAAGAUGACGCUGAUUGUGUUUGCCGUUGGGUACGAAAUCACCGCCAUAGCUGCCAUGGUGCUGGCCUCAGUAAAAGGCGUCUUUACGGAGAGAAGCUUCACUAUGAGCUUCGUCACAAUGACUGGGGCCAUGUGUAUCGUGAUUUGGUUGUCGCUGGCCGCCUUCCGUCGCGAUCUGACCGGAACAGUCAAGUUUCUACAGCAUCGUCAGUGUACUAUUCACAGACAGAGCGCAGCUCGCAAAGCUCUGAUGGACCGUGUCAACCGGUAUCUGUGGCUGUUCUAUCUACAGAACAUAGCGCAAGUAUUUUUUUGGAUCAACCUCCUAAGGAACUGCAGCCCGUUGGCGGUGUUCGAGCUGUCGCUGCUGGACAGUGUAAAUGUGCUGCUGUACCCACUGGCGAUGACGCUUAUGUCAUUGAUGUUCAUUCACACAAUAAUGAUCGUGUCUACGUUGCUAAGUGCCCUAUCGCUUGAGUUCUACUGGUUGGGACAAGAGUUUGAGCAGGUGUUUGCCCAGUGCAAUACGUUUGCCGCUACCGCACGGAAGCGUUACUGGGAUGGGCUAAAACGAAGGAUCGACACUUGCGUUAUCGAGCAUCAGCGACUGCUGGGACAGAUCAGCACACUGCGCAACAAUUUGAAGCUUUAUCUGCUGCUGAAUCUCGUUGCCGAUUUCUCGCUCAUUACGUUUGCCGGCUGCCAGAUGGUCAUCUCCAGCGAAGGAGAUCAGCAUCUGUACAGUAUUCUUGCUGCGUUGACCGCAUGCCUGAAUAUGCUCAAUUUCGGUGGGUUGUGUGAUUUGCUCAAGAUUCAGGUACGUUGUGCGAUGCGGGAGCUUUCGCUAUCCCGGAAUACAACUUUCCACAUUUUACAGGUGCAUGCAAUCAAGUUUCGCUUGUACAGCUCCCAGUGGACGGACUACUUGCGCCCCGUAUCGGGGCCCCUCUAUCCGCGCUGCCGACGCAUCCGGUCCAGCAUACUCAUCGUGAUGACCCGGGCCGAGCACGAGCUGCGCAUCAGUUGUGGUAGCGUCUACGACAUGUCCCUCACUACUUGCUGGGCCGUGCUACAGUUCAGUUAUUCAGUGUUUACCCUUCUGCUAAGCUUCUUCGAAAACGAACCGAGAGACCAGUGAGACAGGUUCCCAGGAUCGAACACAUCGCACUACCUGCUAGCUGGGAAGUGUUCAUGCAUCCGCAUAAUGAGCCCAUUAUUGUUUUGUAUUUUUAGUAAAAGUGUUUUUAAGUGACGGUGUCCAAAAAUAAACACACAAUCACACACACAC